AUGGCACACAAGAGUUCUUCCAAACAUGACGAUGUUCCUUUGAAGUUCGAGGACUCCAUGCGCUGUCCGCUGAAGGGUGUGGAGCUGCUGGCGACCCCACAUUUCAACAAAGGUAGUGCUCACACUAAGGAAGAGCGCGAAACAUUUGAACUCACCGGAUUACUUCCUUCCCGCAUCCAGACCAUCGACGAACAGACUCAACGUGCCUACGCCCAAUACAGCUCAUGUGGUGAUGAUGACCUGGCAAAAAACAGCUUCAUGACCAGCUUGAAAGAGCAGAAUGAAGUUCUGUAUUACAGACUGAUUCAAGAUCAUCUCAAGGAGAUGCUCAGCAUUAUCUACACACCUACCGAGGGUGCUGCCAUCAGUAAUUAUUCGAGACAAUUUCGUCGUUCAGAGGGCUGCUUCCUCAACAUCGACGAACAGGAUGAAAUUGCCAAGAAUCUGUCCCAGGCAAAAGCUCCAUCUGACGACAUCGAUGUGAUUGUCGUCAGCGACGGCGAGCAGAUCCUCGGCAUCGGUGACCAAGGAGUCGGCGCCAUCCUCAUCUCUGUCGCCAAAUUGGCCAUCUACACUUUGUGUGCCGGUAUACAUCCCGAUCGAACUUUGCCAGUUGUUCUGGACUGCGGAACCAACAAUGAAAAGUUCUUGAAGGAUGAUCUCUACCUUGGUCGUCGGUCCACACGAGUCCGAGGACAGAAAUACGAUGAUUUCGUCGAUAAAUUUAUCGCGAUUGCCCAAGAGCAGUACCCUAAGGCCUAUAUCCACUUCGAGGAUUUUGGCAUCUCGAACGCUCGUCGCAUUCUAGACAAAUACACGUCCAAGAUUGCUUGUUUUAACGACGAUGUCCAAGGCACUGGUUGUGUCACUCUCGCAGCCAUCUACGCCGGAUUGGAAGUAGCCAAGCUCUCGCUCAAGGACGUGCGUGUUCUCAUCGUCGGAGCCGGAACUGCUGGCACUGGCAUCGCGGACCAGAUUGCCGAUGCCGUAGCUCUCGAGUCUAAACUCCCGAAGGAAAAGGCUCUGGAACAUUUCUGGUGCUUCGACAAGUCCGGUCUCUUGCUGGACUCGAUGAAAGACGAUCUUACGCAUGCACAGCACCAGUACGCGCGCAAGGAGUCCGAAUGGAAAGGUAAAGACACCAAAGAUCUUGCUUCGGUUGUACGCGAGGUGAAGCCACACAUUCUCAUCGGCUGUUCCACAAAGCCAAAGAUCUUCACCGAACAGGUUGUCAAGGAAAUGGCCAAACACACCGAUCGCCCACUCAUUUUCCCUCUGUCUAACCCUACAAAGCUGCACGAGGCAGCGCCUGUUGAUCUGAUCAAUUGGACUGAUGGCAAGGCUCUGAUAUCUACAGGUUCACCCUUCGACCCCAUCGAACAUGACGGCGAGACUCAUGUGAUUGCCGAGUGCAACAACAGCAUGAUCUACCCAGGCAUCGGCCUAGGAGCUAUUCUGUCCCGGACGAAGCUCAUCUCGACUCCACUCUUGGUCGCAGCGACUCAAGCACUUGCAUCACAGGCGCCAUCUCGUAGAGAUGACAAGAAGGGACUGCUUCCCGACGUGACCGAUGCACGCAGGGUCAGCGUCAAAGUCGCAGCCGCGGUCAUAAGAAAGGCUCAGGAUGAGGGUCUUACUCAAGAACAAUCUAUUCCCAAGAACAAUGAGGAUCUCGAGGACUGGAUCAAGCAGCAAAUGUGGAACGCUGAGUACAGAACCCUCAAGAAAGCUUAG